CCGAUCUGCUCCUUCCCGGGCUCGGCUCCUGCCAGGAUCCAACGCCCACACGCCCCGCGGUGCAGCUGUCCCAGCCCUGCGGUCUGUCGCCUGCGCUCCUGUCCCGGGUACGCAGCCGGGUGCCCCUGGAUCGGUCCGCCCUCCCCGCGGUCUCCCCGCUAGCCGGCCCCUGCGCCCCGCUAGCCGCUCCCCGGCACUCUCGGGGGGCCCGCCCGCCCUGCACCCUGGAGCGCCGGGCCGCGAGCCUCUGCCAGCUUCUCUGGAUCCUAGCGGCCGUGGGCAGCGGCGGCCGCGCCUGCCCGCCCCAAGGAGGACCUUUGCUGCUGCCUUGGUCCAGUAACUCUGGCUCUACCGUGCACUCCUUGGAUAAAACGGGUACCCCUGGAAAAUGGCAGAUGAAGACCUCAUCUUCCGCCUGGAAGGCGUUGAUGGUGGCCGAUCCUCCAGGGCUGGCCACGACGGAGAAUCUGAAGCAGACAGCGAUGAUGAUGAAGGCUAUUUCAUCUGCCCCAUCACCGAGGACCCCGGGUCCAACCACAAUGGCAAUGCUAAGGUUAAUAACUACUACAGCAACCUAAAGAAAAGUCAGCAGAACGGCUCCAGUGGGUCCCCGGCCAGCUCCUUUCACUUCAAGGAAGCCUGGAAGCAUGCGAUCGAGAAAGCCAAGCACAUGCCCGACCCCUGGGCCGAGUUCCACCUUGAGGACGUUGCCACCGAACAUGCUACUCGCCACAGGUACAACGCUGUCACUGGGGAGUGGCUGGAAGAUGACGUUCUGAUCAAGAUGGCAUCUCAGCCAUUCGGCCGUGGAGCAAUGAGGGAGUGCUUCAGGACGAAGAAGCUCUCCAACUUCUUGCACGCCCAGCAGUGGAAGGGAGCCUCCAACUACGUGGCCAAGCGCUACAUCGAGCCCGUGGACAGGGACGUGUACUUUGAAGACGUUCGCCUACAGAUGGAGGCCAAGCUCUGGGGGGAGGAGUAUAAUCGGCACAAGCCCCCCAAGCAGGUGGACAUCAUGCAGAUGUGCAUCAUCGAGCUGAGGGAGAGACCCGGCCAGCCACUCUUCCACCUGGAGCACUACAUUGAGGGCAAGUACAUCAAGUACAACUCCAACUCAGGCUUUGUACGCGAUGACAACAUCCGCCUGACUCCACAGGCCUUCAGCCACUUCACGUUUGAGCGUUCUGGCCAUCAGCUGAUAGUGGUGGACAUCCAGGGUGUGGGUGACCUCUACACCGACCCGCAGAUCCACACGGAGAUGGGCACGGACUUUGGAGAUGGCAACCUAGGUGUCCGAGGGAUGGCUCUCUUCUUCUACUCUCAUGCCUGCAACCGAAUAUGCCAGAGCAUGGGCCUCACUCCUUUUGACCUCUCACCCCGGGAGCAGGAUGCAUUGAAUCAGAACACCAAGAUGCUGCAAUCAGCCAAGACCACCUUAAGGGGGACAGAGGAAAAGUGCGGGAGCCCCCGAGUGAGGACCCUCUCUGGCAGCCGGCCCCCCCUGCUCCUUCGCCUUUCAGAGAACUCUGGAGACGAGAACAUGAGUGAUGUGACCUUCGACUCUCUCCCAUCUUCCCCUUCGUCAGCCACACCACACAGCCAGAAACUGGACCCCCUCCAUUGGCCCGUGUUUGGUGACCUUGAUAACAUGGCACCCAGAGACCAUGACCGUCUAGACAACCACCGGGACUCUGAGGCCAGUGGGGAUAGUGGAUACCCCAGUGAAAGGCGGGGUGAGCUGGAUGACCCAGAGCCCCGAGAACAGGGCCACUCAAAUGGCAACCGGAGGUACGAGUCCGAUGAGGACAGCCUGGGCAGCUCCGGACGGGUCUGUGUGGAAAAGUGGAACCUCCUCAACCCCUCCCGCCUCCACCUGCCAAGGCCAUCAGCGGUGGCCCUCGAAGUGCAAAGGCUUAAUGCCCUGGACCUUGAAAGGAAAAUCGGGAAGUCUGUUUUGGGGAAGGUCCAUCUGGCCAUGGUGCGCUACCACGAGGGCGGGCGCUUCUGCGCCAAGGACCAGGAGUGGGACCGUGACUCGGCGCUCUUUCAUCUGGAGCAUGCGGCAGACCUGGGCGAGCUGGAGGCCAUCGUGGGCCUGGGACUCAUGUACUCGCAGCUGCCCCACCACAUCCUGGCUGACGUCUCUCUGAAGGAGACAAAGGAGAAUAAGACGAAAGGAUUCGAUUACUUACUCAAGGCCGCUGAAGCUGGCGACAGACAGUCCAUGAUCCUGGUGGCACGAGCUUUUGACACCGGUCUGAACCUCAGCCCAGACAGGUGCCGAGACUGGCCCGAGGCCCUGCACUGGUACAACACUGCCCUGGAGACAACGGACUGUGAUGAGGGCGGUGAGUUCGAUGGGAUGCAGGACGAGCCCCGGUAUGCGCUGCUGGCCAGGGAGGCUGAGAUGCUGGUCACUGGAGGCUGUGGGCUGGAGAAGGACCCGCAGAGAUCAGGGGACUUGUACACCCAGGCGGCUGAGGCAGCCAUGGAAGCCAUGAAGGGCCGUCUAGCCAACCAGUACUAUCAGCUGGCAGAGGAGGCCUGGGCCCAGAUGGAAGGAUAACUUACCAGAACAAUUGCUGCCAGCUAGUCCCAAGCAAAAGGGCUAAGGGGUUGGGAUGGGGGGUGGGUGGGGAGACUUAUUUAG